AUGAUAUUGUUCGUCCUAUUAGCGUUGUCGUUGCUGCAUGGCGUGAUUGCCCGCCGCGAUGAUGACUUAAUGUCCUUUGUGACGCUUCCUGAGAUCCGUGCCUUGAAAUGGGAGGUCGUCUACCAUGAUCGGGAGCGCGUGAGCCCGGGCUACUGGUUUGUGGCGCCCUACGGCAAGAUCGUGCCGGAAACUCCCACCCAGAAAUUUCAGCCCUACCAGGUUGGACCUUACAUCUAUGACGGCGACGGGGUUCUCAUCUGGGCUGGCCCCCCCAUCUUCUACGACCGUAAUGUCUUCGACUUCAAGGCGUUCACCGACUCGCAGAACGAGACGCACUUAUCGCUGAUCGCGCAGCGGAAUUACGAUGACAGUAUGCGAGGCCGCGCGACGAUCAUGAACAGCCACUACGAGAUCGAGCAGGAGAUCAUGAGACUGGAGGACAAUUACGAGUUCAACAUCCACGAGUUCAACGUUCUCAACGGAGGGGAGUCCGCGCUGGCCUGCGUCUACCGUACUAAGGAACUGCCGUUGGACGAUGUCGGUCGGCCCGGCGUGACCUCCUUCUUCAUGACUGGCGGCUUUGUCGAGUGGAACUUGACCACCAAAGAGGUCGUCUUCGCCUGGGAUUCGACCGACCACCUGGCCAUCCACGAGUCGGUCAAAUUCAACCCGGACAACCCCGCCGACGGGCCCCCGGGCUGGGACUACGUGCACAUGAACGCGGUUGACAAGAACUCCGACGGCGACUAUCUCAUUUCCAUGCGCUUCACCAACACCAUCUACCUCAUCUCCGGCAAGGACGGCCACGUCAUCUGGCGGCUGGGCGGCCAGGAGUCCGACUUUGUCCAGGACUUUGUCUUCUCCAAGCAGCACGACGCCAAAUUUCUCGAGUCCAGCGGAACGCACCACGUCAUCUCGCUGCUGAACAACGCCGGCGACGAGAACCAGCAGGAGGAGGAAGUCUCGUCGGCUCUGAUCGUCGAGUUGGACACCGAGGCAAUGACUGCCAAACUGCAACAGCGGUACCCCCGCCCCGACGGACUGAUGACGCUGCUCCGCGGCAGCGUGCAGCGGCUGCCCAACGGCAACGUCUUCGUCGGCUGGAGCGAGCGCGGCUACCAGAGCGAGUUCUCCCCCGAAGGCGACAACCUCGUCUCGGCGCGGUUCGCCUCCGGCCGUCUGAACACCUACCGGGCGUACAAGUACGACUUCGUCGGACGCCCCGCCUACGCCCCCACGAUGGUAGCCUCCGUCUACGCAGCCGACGAGGCCAGCGUGCUGACGACGAUCCACAUCAGCUGGAACGGCGCCACGGACAUCGCGUCGUGGAACUUCUACGCCCAGGCCGGCGAGGAGCACCCGCGGCACCUGAUGGGCAACGUCCCCAAGCGGGACUUUGAGACCAUGUUCCUCGCCAGCGGCUACAUGGACUGGAUCUCGGCGGACGCGCUUGACCGCGACGGCAACGUCAUCACCGUCUCGGACAUCAUCCGCUCCAAGCCCGUCACCACCGACUGGCCCGCGCUGGGCUACCACGGCCAGAACAGCAGCGGACCCGCGCCGGACGAUCCCGCCGUGCGCUACCCCACCGACGCUCCCGCACCCGUCAAGGGUGAACCCCCCGCCACGACGGCGGACGCGGAGGCCGCGCAAGCCGACACCACCGCGGCGGGUGAAGCGUCCGCCACGGCGCAGCAGCUCGCAGAGGCCAUGAUGCGGGCGUACGACUCGCUCAAUGGGAUAGGCGGCGUUCUCAUCGGCCUCCUGGUGCUGUGCUCGAUGGGGGGUGCGGUGGCGGGGAUCGUGUGGAUGGUGCGAUCGCGUCGAUCGAAGAAGAUCUACCAGCAUGUUCCGGACGACGACGAUUCCCCGUGA